AACUACCUGCCAAAAUAGGACAAACAAAAUGUCACAUUGAGACAGAAGUGGUCAACGCUGACAUUCCACUGCUGCUGAGUAAGUCCUCACUGAAGAAGGCAGGAACUGUUUUAGAUAUGGAGAAUGACAGAGCAGUGAUGUUUAAACAGCAGAUUCCUCUUGAGUUCACCAGCUCAGGACACUACUGUGUGGACAUAAGAGACAAAAACAGCACAACACAGCAAAUGAAAGAUGACGUGAUACUUGCAGCGACAGCUGAAGAUGAAGUCCUGACAGUGACAGAAAACAUGUCUUCAGCCGAAAAGCGCAAAAUCCUUCUCAAGCUACACAAACAGUUUGGCCACGCAUCUGCAGACAGGCUGCAGAGGCUAAUUCAAAGCUCGGGUAAUAAAGACAAGGACUGCCUCACUAUUUUGCAACAAAUAGUGCAUGAUUGUGACAUAUGUCAGAGAUACAGCAAAGCGAAGCCGAGGCCAGCUGUUGGUCUGCCUCUAGCUACAGAAUAUAAUGAGACGGUGGCGGUGGACCUGCAUGAGUUGGAGCCAGGAGUGUGGUAUCUACAUGUGAUCGACCAAUUCACCCGGUUCAGUGCAGGAAGCAUUGUGAAGACAAAGAAGGCCUCUGAAAUGGUCAACGCCCUCAUCCACACAUGGAUAAGUGUUCACGGCCCUCCUCGUAUUUUGUACAGCGACAACGGUGGAGAGUUCAAUAAUGAAGAGUUUCGUGACAUGGCCGAAAACUUCAACAUCGAGACGAGGACAACAGCAGGAUACAGUCCCUGGAGCAACGGGCUGUUGGAGAGACACAAUCAGACUCUCACCGACAUCCUACUGAAGUGAUGCCUCGCUGGGAAACUUGCCUGAUGGAGGUACUCAAGGAGGGACAUUGAUCACUCUCAUGGGGGAAAACGGGAAGUUUUCUCCUCUCUGUUGGCAAUCUAAGAGGAUCAGGCGUGUGGUGCGGAGCACCCUUGCGGGAGAGACACUCGCUAUGUCGGAUGGAAUAGACAAUGCUAUUUUCCUUUCUACUCUUUUUUCGGAGCUCACUACUGGGACCACCAAAUUAAAUGCUCCCACGUUGGUCUGUGUGACUGACAAUCACUCUCUUUAUGAUGCCCUUAAGUCCACUAAACAGGUCACAGAGAAGAGACUUCGGUUGGAUAUAAGCGGGAUCAAGGAGCUCAUUCAGAGUAAAACAAUCAAAAAGGUGCUCUGGUCAGUGACAAAAGCCCAACUAGCUGACUGUCUGACGAAAAAGGGGGCAUCAUCCCUAGUGCUCUUGAAAGCACUAUGUGAAGGACUGUGGAAUCCACCCUAAUUGGAAUUCACCCUAAUUGUUGUUAAAAAAAAAAAAAAAAAAAAAAAAAAAAAAAAAAAAAACAGGCGAGAAUGCUGAUUGUAUUUUGUUAUUUUCUUGAAUGUUUUUCAAUUGCCUUUUCCCUUGUUGCACUUGGCUUUUGUUUUUCUUAUUUUAAAGAAAGAAGAGGGAGAUUG